AGGCUAGGCUAGAAACCUGGAAUAUAGAUGACGUCACAACUGGCAUGGCAUCAUUCAAGCUUCGAGACAGAAACUGUAUGUAAUGCUCAUGCCCUGCCAAAAAGAUUAAUCAUUCAUUCACUCACAGUCUAGACAAGCCACACGCCCAGGACAGGCAACAUGCCUUUCCUCUCCAUAACGGCUUUCUAACUGUCUGAAAACAAAGAAAAAAAGACGAUCACUCUCAUCAACAUCAGAUUGUCUGAAUCUUCCCUCCCUGCAACUUCACUUUUUCUAAGCUAACCUUUACUGAUUGUUCUCUUUCUCUCCAUCUCCAUCUUAAGCUUUUAAACCUGGUUGCGAUGGAUCAGAUUUCUGAUGACUAGUGAUCAUGGGAUUCUUUAAUUUCGGUCUACAAGUGGUGGUGGUGGUGUUAAUAUCUUAUUGUUCUUUUGUAUCUUUUGUUGUUUAUGGAAACAAGAUCAGGAGUAAUGUCAUUCCGUCAACUUUGGAUGGCCCAUUUGAGCCCCGUACCGUCCCUUUUGACGUCAGUUUGCGUGGCAACGCCGUAGAUUUGCCCGACGCCGAUCCCCGAGUUCGCCGCCGGGUCAAAGGUUUCCAGCCCGAGCAAAUUUCGUUGUCUCUCUCUGCCACUUAUGACUCUGUUUGGAUUUCAUGGAUCACGGGAGAGUUUCAAAUGAGUAACCAUAAUAAGAACAUAACACCAUUAGACCCGAAAAGUGUUGCAAGCGUUGUUAGAUAUGGGACAUUGAGGAAUCCAUUAAAUCAUGAAGCAAAGGGCUAUUCCCUUGUUUACAGUCAGCUUUAUCCUUUUGAAGGUCUUCAGAACUACACUUCUGGCAUCAUCCAUCAUGUUCGCCUCACAGGGUUAAAACCUGACAAAUUAUACUAUUAUCGAUGUGGAGAUCCUUCAAUAGGUGCAUUGAGUGAUGUUUAUAGUUUCAAGACGAUGCCAGUUUCGAGUCCAAAGACCUAUCCGAAAAGAAUAGCUGUCAUGGGGGAUCUUGGUCUUACAUACAACACAAGUACCACAAUCAGUCAUGUUAUUAGUAAUAAACCUCAACUUGCUUUGUUGGUUGGGGAUGUAACUUAUGCAAACUUGUAUCUUACAAAUGGAACCGGCUGUGACUGCUAUUCUUGCUCCUUUCCUAACUCCCCCAUCCACGAGACUUACCAGCCUCGUUGGGAUUACUGGGGAAGGUUCAUGCAGCCUUUAGUUUCUAAGGUUCCAUUAAUGGUGGUGGAAGGAAACCAUGAAAUAGAAAAACAAUUUGGGAACCAAACAUUUGUGGCUUACAGUUCUCGUUUUGCGUUCCCAGCUAAAGAAAGUGGAUCUUCAUCUACAUUCUACUACUCCUUCAAUGCAGGAGGCAUACAUUUUGUCAUGCUUGGAGCAUACAUUGAUUAUCAUAAAUCAUCUGAUCAGUACAGGUGGCUGGAGAGAGACUUGGCUAAUGUUGAUCGAUUUGUUACACCAUGGCUGGUAGCAGUAUGGCAUCCACCUUGGUAUAGUUCUUACAACGCCCAUUACAGAGAGGCAGAGUGUAUGAUGGCGGCCAUGGAAGAAUUGCUUUACUCAUAUGCUGUUGAUAUAGUCUUCAAUGGACAUGUUCAUGCCUACGAGAGGUCAAAUCGAGUUUAUAAUUACACAUUAGAUCCAUGUGGUCCUGUGCAUAUUGUGGUUGGAGAUGGAGGCAACCGAGAAAAGAUGGCUGUUGGGCAUGCUGAUGAACCUGGUAACUGUCCAGAUCCCGCAACCACUCCUGAUCAACACAUCGGUGGCUUUUGUGCCUUAAAUUUUACAACUGGCCCGGCAGCCGGUCAGUUUUGCUGGGACAGACAGCCUGAUUAUAGCGCUUUCCGGGAAAGUAGUUUUGGCCACGGAAUUCUAGAGGUGAAGAAUCAGACCUGGGCUUUAUGGACGUGGCACCGGAACCAGGACUCUCGCAGUACAGUUGGGGAUCAAAUUUACAUAGUGAGGCAACCUGAUAAAUGCCCUGUCCGGUACAAACAAACUGAACGUUGGUUUGCAUCCAUUUGAACAGCUUUGGUUAUAAAUUGACUGCUUUCAAAUGUUGGUGAAAGCAUUGCAAUUUCUUUACCUUCUGCAAACCCUCUGCGAUAUAGUGGGAUGAACUAAGAAGAAUAAAUGACUUCCUAACAAUUAUUUCUGGAGAAAUAUGAUACAUGGGAUAAGAAGCAUCUUGUUGUUUUAGUGAUUGCUCACACACAAACACUAAAUAUUUAUACUAGAAAAGUCAUUACUUGGGGUAAAAUUGCUUGCCUGUUGUUGUCCUGUAACUUGUAAGUUCACAUUGAAGAGGAAAGGCUUGCUGUGAUAAUUUAUACUGGGUACCUAUGUAUAUAACGCCUAAAUUCUCAUCAUAUUACAUCGUCUAGCAGCACGAGGAGACCUGUAUUGUUCUCCCACAACCCUGUUUUUAUGGUUUAGGCUGCUCCCAUUUCGCUCACCUGCCUAUGUCAUGAACAUAAAAUUUUAAUGUAGUUAAAUUCUUGGAAUGGUUCUA